AUGUCGCUUUACAAGAACACCAAGGUCGGCAGUAGCCUCGCCGUGGACAACAAGUCGCAAGGACGUGCGCAGCAUCUCGCACUGCUGCUCAAGCACGUGGUCGGCGCAUUGGACACGGACGACGAGGACAUGUGCGCGAGCCUCCGCGAGGCGUGCGUGCGCAUGGUCGACGGCAAAGAAGGUGACACGGUGACGGGCAAGCGCGAAGAUCUCGCGACGUUCCUGAAGAUGCUCGACGCUCUCUCCAAGGAGCAGGACGUCGAAGGCUUGGAACGGCCUGCCACCGCGAACCGGCCGUUCGACCAAGCAUGGGCGGACCGGCAACCGCGCCAGCCCAAGAUCGACGCGAUCUCGAAGGAGGUCAGCAGCGACGACGGCGAUGGCAAGGCCAAGAAGAACAACGACGGUGUCAUGGUUGACAAGUACCUCUUCGGUACGACCACGGACAAGCGCGGCGGCAAGGACAAACGCGACGGCGGCAGCGUCCAGUGCCACCGGCACGACAAGGACGACGCUUGCUCGCAGCGCGCCACGGACAAAGCCAACGGCAGCGUCCGUUCGUCCGCCAACGUCAAGCACCUCGAGCGGUUCUGA